CUCAUUCGAGAUCGUUCGCGUAUGUCAGAGAACACUGAGGAUAGUUUGAAACACAAGUACUAUAUUCACACCGCUGUCCACAUCAAACGGGCAAAAAAAGCUAUUUGUGUAUUCAUUACAACGGUUUACACGAUACGUCGUACAUCAGGCGAAAUUAAAACGAUACUAUUGUAUAUCUUAAAAAAUGGCUGUACCGUCGGAAAACGUUAUGGACACCAACCUCGAUGAUCCCGUAACGAAAGCGGUGGUUGAUAAUAUAAUGGGUAAUUUGCCUACGAAAAAACCUCUCGUUCGCUGUGAAGACUGUGACCUUUCCUUCACAAGCCAAACAGUAUUAGAUACACACUUACAAGGUGCACGUCAUGCUAAACAGGUAAGAUCAAAGAACAUAAUGGCAACGCUGGAAGAAACAAAGAUUUCAUUUACAAAGGAUGAAGAAACAAAUGGACUAAAGUGCAAUGUAUGUAACGUGUGCCUGAACUCUAUUCAACAGUUACAAACACAUCUCAAUGGAAGUCGUCAUAAAAAGAAAUUAUUGAGAGGUGAAUGGGAUGGCAAAGAGGUUGUCACCCAAGGCACUUCGUUGGCACCGUCACCUGGUAGCGCCCAGCAAACUGGUCCUACGAAAGGGGUUUCACUUUCCUGCAAUAUAUGUAACAAGUUCUUCAACUCCCCGUCUCAAUACAGUGUGCAUAUGAAUUCGGACAAACAUGCUGACAAAGUGAAGAGAUUUUUGAAUCCGAAUAAGAAAAGAUAUACCCCGUACUGGAAAAAAACAAAAUCAAAUACAACUCCCAAGAGUCAUAUACAGUCCCUGUCGAACAACUUCGUGUCAGGCGGUAUUGCGUAUCAACCAUAGGAAACGCGUUGUCCAUACUUGUGCAGUUUUAUUUUAGAUUGACAGAUUUUAAACACUCAAGAUUAUGAUUACAUGAUUAUGCAUAUAUUACAAAACAUCAAGUAAAUAUUUGUUUCUGCGAACUGAUUUCUGGAAUGAAAUAACGUGGAAUUCAAUAAAUAGUGUAAAUUAUUUAAUAUUUAAGGGACUGCAAUAUAUUAUCUGAUUGAAGCAAUUUUGUGUUGCCGUUAAGUAGGUUCAAAGUAGUGAAAAUUAUUGUUUUAUAUACCGAUAUAUGUAUAGAGCUUAUUCACGCAUUGUAUUUAUCGCAUUAAGGAUCAUGUAGCAAAUUUUUUUAAUAAGUCGUCAAAAUUAAGUGCAAUUUAUUUACCAAAUUAUUUUAUUACUUCACAAACGGAUUUUUCAUCGCUUCGUGAUGAUCCGCUACAUUCGGGCUAAAAAGAAUAUGGCAUAGUUUAUAUUUCAACUUUCUGUUUUACUAUACAACUUAGCAAUACAUACAUUGUUUUUUAACAUUACCUGGACUAUGUAUGUUUUCAAUAAACGACGUAAUUCUGC